CCGUCAUAACUCUGUAGUUCCAUCUAGUGCAUCUUUGUCAGCGAGACAUGGGCUGUCUUCUACAAAUGCCGCAUUGCUCCAUUCGCUAAGGUCUUCCAAUAAUGAUUUAUCAAAAAGAGACAUAGGUAUGUCAUCAGCACAUUGUGCUGAGGAAUCCAGUUCAAGAUGCGAACUUGCGAAAAACUGUGCUCAGCCUUCUGACCAAAAAACACUGAAGGUUCAAAUCAAAGUGGGUUCUGAUAAUUUGUCGACGCAAAAAAAUGCUGAAAUCUACACUGAUCUUGGCCUUGAUAUCUUGCCCUCUUCCUCAUUGAAUGAAAGCCCCACCGACAGUGAAGGGUUUUCACACGAACGUUUGGAUGCCCCAGAAGAAUCCCCAACUAGUAUUCUUCAGAUUAUGAAAUCAUUUCCAGUGCAUGGCAAUCUAUUGUUAUACCCUCAUCCGGAUGAUCUGAUUUACAUGAUUGAAAAGGAAAAGCUUAAAGGAGACAUUAAACCUAGACGUGUGAUCAAGAGUAGCCAAGAAAGUUCAAAUGGAUCUGAUUUUGCUAGGGGGCAAUGACAAAGUUUUAGGAGGCAAGAAACUUAAGUCAUUUGAGAGAAAUGCCUUUUUAGUGGAAUUGAAGAAUCACAUUGAUAAGGGCACUCAAAACGGCAUUGGUGUUCCGUUGAAGAAAUAAACAGACAUUGACACUUUGGCUUGUGAAGAACUUGUUGCUAAUACUCUGAAGCUUCCACUUCUAUCUAAUUCAUAUUCUGAUGUUGCCAACCGUGACAAGGGUACUACAAGAGCAGCUAAUAACUCUAUGGUAGCUAAUAAGGUGAAGGAAUAAUCUUUCUUUGAUCUAGCUAAAGUGGAAACCUUGAAGAGAUUACCGAACCAAGAGAUUGGCUUGGUUGAGAAGCCUAAUGGAAAGGCGGUGUCCAAUGUUAAGGUUUGGGAAGAGAAGAGCACAUAUGCCAAUAAUUAUCUGUCUAAAGGUGAAGUGGAGGAUUCCAAAUUGCAGAAGUAUCUAUUCAUCUUUCUGGACAAAAUCUGUGUGAAAUCUUAUCCCACAACAUUGUUGGUUAUACCAUAUAUCAGCAAAAAUAAAGGAUAUUCUGAUAUUAUUUUUUACAUCUUAUGUGAACUGUAUAUUUUC